UCCAAAUUCUACCUAGUCUUUUUCCCCUAUAAGACAAGAACCGUGUCAUUUCAUUUGUUAGACCCCAUAUCUCUCUCUCUCUCUCCAAUUAUCUUAUUGUUUGAAAGCGGACCAAAGUGGCCUUUCCCCAUUAUAUUAAACUGUUGCAUUAUCUGCAUCUAAUAUCAUUUAUAUGGUUGUAUCUCGGUUUUUCUUCUUCUUCUUCUUCUAUUUUCUUUGAUAUUAUUAUAGUGGUUUGUAUGUUGCGGAUUCACGAAGAAGAUCGAAACCUGUAAUGGAAGAAGAUCUGAUUCACUCUCCACUUUUUGUCUAUGGAUUUUACUGCUGGGGUUGGGAGUUCUUGACUGCCCUUAUAGUUUUUAUUUCUUUUUAAUAUAUAUAUUUAUAUUUUUUAUUAUUAAUUUUCUCUCUAUUUUGUUGGGUUUCCUGAAAGUUAAUUAAGUAAUCUGGGGUGAGGCUAGUUAAUUAAGUAAUCUGGGGUGAGGCUAGGGGGUAGAAAAGGGGGAAUUAGGAUGACGACGCAGAGGAGUGUUCCGGCGCCGUUUUUGACAAAGACUUAUGAGCUGGUGGAGGAUGGUUCCACAAACGACGUCAUAUCAUGGAACCCGAGCGGCGAUGGUUUUGUGGUGUGGAAAACUGCUGAGUUCUCUGAGGUUUUGCUGCCUAAUUACUUCAAGCACAACAACUUCUCUAGCUUUGUACGCCAGCUUAAUACCUAUGGCUUUCGGAAGGUUGUGCCGGACAAAUGGGAAUUCGCCAACGCCAAUUUCCUGCGAGGAGAAAAAGAGCUCCUCACCGAGAUCCGUCGCCGGAAAAAUGUGACGUCAUCCCCGCCUCAAAUCGGCAAACCUACUGCCUCCCUCAACGGCUCACCGUCGGCUUCCGGCGAGGACCUGGGUUCCACUUCCUCAUCCUGUCCUGACUCCAAGAACCACGGGACGCUGGUGACGCCGAUCACGGUAAGGUUUGCACAUUUAUCAGAUGAAAACGAGAAGCUCAAAAAGGACAAUCAGGUCCUGAGCUUGGAGCUGGAACAGACGAAGAAGAAAUGCGAAGAGCUCGUAGGUUGCCUGAGCCGGUGCUUGAAGGUGGGGCCUGAUCAGAUCAACCGCAUGAUCAUGAGCCAAGGAAGCCGUGGGUCCAUCUUGGAUGAUCAGAUCGACGAUGAAAAUAAAAAUGAAAAUGAGGAAAGUUUCAAACUGUUUGGGGUGUGGUUGAAUGGGGACAAGAAAAAGAGGGGUCUUGAUGAGAAAUUAGGUUUUUGUGGGGCCAAAAGGAAAGAAAGGAAGAUUGCUGAUUUUCACGCGCCGUGGAUGAAGAUAACUUCGUCCUCUGGGGAGACCAGCAAGGUCUGUAACUGACGAAUCGGUGCGUGACACCAAAGCAAAAAAAGGGGUGUUGUACUGCAAGUUCUGGUACGCCUCUCCAUGACCCAACCGUAAGGUUGGGAAGUAGUGUAUUUAAAUUGAGAUUAGUGUAGCAAUAAGUUUUAGUCGGUUAUAUUCCAGAGUUGGAGAUUAAAGGCAAGUAUAAUUUAUCUCCCAACCCUGUUCUCAAUAUCUACCACUUAUAUACUUAUAAAUUGUGUGCGCAUUCUAAUUUAGAUGGAUAUUAAUGUCUGUGUAUUUGUAA